AUCCGAACUGAACCGAUGUACACUCCGAUCGGAAUAAUAGUUAUUAUUAAGCAAGGUACUCAAGUUUUAUAUAGCAAACGUAACGCGCAGCGCGCCUGUUUUUUUGCAGACCUUAUAAACCAAAAAGGGAUCGAGCCGGCUAUCCCGUUAUUGAAUGAGCUAGGGGGCUGGCCUAUCCUAGGGGACAAGCCUGGGGGUGGCUGGCGGGAGGAGCGAUUCGACCUUGCCCGACUGAUAACGACAUUGAGGAAGUACAACAACAAGGUGCUCAUCGACAUGGGUGUGGAUGUGGAUGACAUGAACUCGACUCAGCAUAUUAUAAGCUUUAGUCAGCAAGAAUUCGGCAUGCCCAGUCGAGAGUAUUACCUCCAAUCACGCUACCGAACCUUGCUGGAGGCGUACAUUACGUUAGCGCGUGACAUCGCCAUAGUGUUUGGCGCCAACACCUUGACCGCGGAAAGGGAAAUACGGGACGCAGUGGACUUCGAAAUAGCCAUAGCUAAUAUCUCGCUGACUCAAGAGGAAAUGCGAGACACCUACGCCACCUAUAACCGCCUCACCCUGGACAAGAUGGCGGUCAACUUCACCGAGCCUGGGCCCCAAGACCCUAUACAGUUUAACUGGGCCAACUUCACUCGCGGAGUGUUUGAUUUGGGCGACGGAAAUGUGACGAUAGAAGAUAAUGAGCCGGUUCUGAUUCGAUCCGUCAAAUAUUUCGAAAAGGUUCUUGGUUUGGUGCAGAGGUUUCCAAAAAGGACGAUUGCUAAUUACAUGGUGUGGCGGAUCAUUCAGAAUCGAGCCCGCAAUCUGAACCAGACGUUUCAGGACAUCAUAGGGGAGUACAAUAAGGUCAUGUAUGGGCAAAACUCUCAGGAGGCCAGGUGGAAGAGCUGCAUGGGUUACACUAUACUACAACUGGGUCAGGCCGUGGGCAGCCUCUACGUCCGUCAGGCCUUUGACGAGGCGGCAAAAGGAACGGCACUGGACAUGAUCCAUGGCAUCCGUGACGCAUUCGCCCAGAUUCUCCUCGAGGAGGAGUGGAUGGACGAGUCCACAAGAAAGAAAGCCAAGGAGAAGUCGGAUUACAUGCAGGAGUGGAUCGGGUACGCAGACAACAUUUUGGAUCAAGAGAAUUUGAAUGACCUCUAUUCGGAUGUGGAGGUCAACAGCACCGAAUAUUUCCGGAACGUUCUCGGCAAUCUCCACAGGUGGGGCACCGGGGACCUUGGGCUGCUGAGGCUGCCAUACAACAAGAAUGGGUGGUCCGACCCGCCCACGACUGUAAACGCUGCCUACAGCUUUCUACUAAAUAAUAUCCAGUUUCCGGCCGGAAUUUUCCAGCCCCCUUUCUACCAGAAAGACCAACCGAGAUCCAUGAAUUACGGGGGUAUUGGUGUUGUCAUAGGCCAUGAAAUAACACAUGGUUUCGAUGAUCAAGGGAGUCGGUACGACAAGGACGGGAACCUUCGCAACUGGUGGGACACCUCUAUACUGGAAAACUUUCAUAACAAGUCGCAGUGCAUCGUCGACCAGUAUGGCAACUUUCAAGUACCCGAUGUGGGAUUAACCGUGAAUGGACUCAACACUCUUGGCGAGAAUAUCGCUGACAAUGGCGGCCUCAAACAGAGCUUCCGGGCGUACCGGAAGUGGGUGGCGGAAGUAGGGCACGAGGAGCCGCUUUUACCAGGGGUCAACUUUACUCACAAUCAACUGUUCUUCCUGAACUUUGCACAGGUUUGGUGCGACAAGGAGAAGCCCGAGGCACUGAUAAGCCUCAUCAAUACGGACCCUCACAGUCCUGCGCAGUUCAGAGUAAUAGGGACCCUACAGAACUCGAAGGAUUUCGCGGAAACAUUCCAGUGUCGGCCAGGCACGUUCAUGAAUCCAGCAAAGAAGUGUUCUGUGUGGUGAUUGGUCGCGUGGUGUGUUACGAGAUAUCCGAUUGGUUUACUUGAACAAAAAUGUCGUAAUAAUUUGAUAAUGAUUCUCCGAAAUGUCCACCAUUUAUCAUUUUGAUUUAUGUUUUAUAUUAUACGCAUUGCAUGGUGUAAUGACGUUUCGAGUCUUAUAUCAAUAACAGACACAACAAAAAUACAGUGGCAUGAAUUUCCAUAUUCUGAUGCAAACAAUAUAAACGUGUAUGAAUUAAAGACGAACAGCGGUUUAAAGAGGAAAAUGCGGUUGCAAGUUCAGAACCAGGGUAUACUACGACCAUCAUUGGUAACUUCAGAAAUUCGAGUUUAUACGUGAACGAUACUGUGUGUACGUUAACAAUAUUUUAACCUACACGCAUCGAGUUCGUGUGUUCACUAUAUUUCAUGUACAAAUGAACAUGUACAUCAAAAUAAACGCAAUAAAUU